AUGACGCUGCUGGACGCCUGUCUAGGCACGCACCAUAUGCCCACGCUGCAGGACGUCAUCAGCCAAGCCCAGGACAAGGGAAACGGCAAAAGCAAGGGGAAGCAGGGAGGGACAGAAGCGGCAGGCGUGAGGUGGUACGAUGCACGAGCCAGGGUGGCUCUGAGGCGGGUUGCCCUGUGGCUUCGUGUGCCGGCAACCAAACUGCCCAUCUUUGAAUGCCUGCUGGCCCAGGAAUCCCAGGUUCCCGAGGUCAAAGGAGAGGUGCAGAAGGAGUCUCUGUGGGGCUCCCGCAUGCGCUAUGCCAAGAUCGGCGCCGCCGCCGUCGGCGGUGGAGCACUGCUGGCUGUCACAGGCGGCCUGGCGGCUCCGGCGCUCGCAGCGGUGGCGGGAUCAGUCAUGACGACGGCGGGGGCGGGCGCGGCAGCUGGCGCGCUCACCGGCUUUGUCGGCAGCUCUGUAGGCGCCGCAGCUGUCAUUGGCGGGUUUGGGGCGGGCGGCGCUCACGCCGUUGGGAGCCGUAUGGCGCGCCGGCUCGGUGAUGUGAAGGAAUUUGGCUUCAUAGAGGUGAGGGACACUCAGCGGCCUCCUGGUGAGGAGCCUCCGCAGCUGCAGCCGGCACCCAUUGCGCCACCGGGCGCCGCGGCCGACCCGCGCCUGGCACUGACUGUCUGUGUCAGCGGCAUGAUUGCAUCUGUGGAGGAGUUUGAGAGUCUGUGGAAGGGUGUGAGCGCAGCAGACACCCAGAGAAUGGCGCUGGUGUGGGAGAGCCAGGAGCUGCUGGCCCUCAACAAGUCCAUCAUGACCUUCAUCAAGGACCAGGCAUACUUCUCCUAUAUUAUCCUCCAUGCCACAUACAUAAGAACUGGCGUUAAAUUCCUCGCUUGUUGCUCCAGCAAAGACGCGGCUGCGCAGAUGGCAGGCAAGUGGUUCAUCGAGAAGUUCCUUGUGCACGGCCUGAUUGCGGCCAUCGCACUGCCGAUGACAGUGCUGUCUGUCUCCAGCAUCAUUGACGCUCAGUGGUCUGUGGUGAGUAAUCGGGCGGUACUGGCCGGGCAGCUGCUUGCGCAUGUCCUGAUGUCGGGCGCGCACGGCGGACGUCCAGUCACCCUCAUCGGCUACUCCAUGGGCGCUAGGCUGAUAUUCCACUGCCUGCUGGAGCUGUGCCGCUGCCGCGCGAAGGGCAUAGUGGAGAACGCUGUGCUGCUGGGCACUCCCGUAGGUGUCACUCCCGAGCGCUGGGCCAUGGCGCGAUCUGUCGUGGCCGGCCGCCUCGUCAACGGUUACUCACCCCAGGACUGGGUGUUGGGGCUGAGCUUCAGGGCGAGGGAGCUGACGCUGGUGGCGGCAGGGCUCGCCCCCGUGCGGGUUACAGGUGUGGAGAACGUCAACCUGCAUGCACUGGUGAAGGCGCAUGUGGAUUACUCUGCCAACAUGGAUGCAAUCCUUGACCUGCUGGGCUUUGCUGGGGAGUGA